GUUGAAAAGAUUUUUAAUAUCGUUCGAGAAAUUUUUUUUUCAAACGUAUUAACGAUACGUCUCGAACGUAAAAUAUGAUUACGUAGAUCAUUCAUUUAUUUUAUCCGAUCAUAAUUUGUUCGUAGAAAUAAUGAAUAUCGAUCGUCGGUUUAGGUUAUAGAAAGGUAAUUGACUUCGGAGUCGUUGACUGACUUCCGGUUAAGACAAGCCCAUGUGGACGGCAGCAGGGGUGCCCUGAGUUCAGUACGCGUUUCGACCGUGCCUCGUGUAGUCUCUCGCAUUCAUUCCCUUCUCGUUAUUUUCAUUUCAAAUUUAACUUAAACGGUAAGAGUCUCGAAAGCACUCUCAGAUAUAUAUCAUGGCGGAUUUAGAUGACUUCUUUGCGAAAAAGGAUCGGAAGAAAGCCAAGGGUAAAAAGUUCACUACGACCGAGGAGGUAGCAAAGAAGCUGGAAGAAACGGGUAAACGUUCGGAAAAAAUGAAAUCAAAGGAGAAGCCACUGAAUCCGGAAGGCGAGGAAACUCAACAAAUAGAGGAUGAAGACGAAUGGAAAGAAUUUGAAGUUGAAGAGAAGAAAGAUCUGAGAGGGUUGAAAAUUGGUAACCUUUCGGUAAAGGAAACCAUCGACGUGGAAUCCGAUGAUGAACGAGGAACAGGCGACAAUAGUUCUGACGGAGAAAUUGGCGAAAAUACAGUAAAAAUUGGACCAUGGAAGAAACCAGAGGUACUACAGCAAUCAGAGGUUGUAGAAGAGGUAACAUCAGCGGCAGCUGCUACACCAGCAGUCCAAACAACAUCAACGUAUAGUUAUGUACCUCCCCAUUUGAGAAAUCCUGUAGUAAUGUCUGCACCAAGACCACGAGCUAAAAAUGUAGCGCCUGAUAUUCAUAGCGAAGAGUAUUUCCCUACAUUGAGUUCCAGGCCACAGAGCAAUGAAUCCACCGGUCCAUGGGGUCGACGGAAACGAGAAGAAGGUACGUUCGAGGAAGUUCGUAAUCGCGGUGGUAGCAGAUCUUACAGUAUCCAGGAGUCACAGGCUCAAACACCUAAACUCUCACUUGGAAAUAAGUAUGGUGCCCUAUCGCAAGAUCAAAGCUGAAAGCACUCCUUGCGAUUAGAUCAGACAACGGACACGCAUUGUUAUAUCAUCGCCUCCUUUCCAUUUCGUGGCCCAGCUAAGCCGCAAAACAUUUCAUAGGAUAUAGAAUAUUAUGUGUACCAUAGCAUGCAUAUAUAUAUACAUAUGUAUAUGUAUGAUAUAUGUAUAUAUAAAUAUGUAAGCGCAUAAUGUACACCGUGUACAUGUCCGUGUUUUGAAAAAGCCCAGGGCAAAAUUCUGAUUCGACUGGUAACAACAGGAUUCAUUGUGCUUGUGUAACAGGAGCAACUUAGGUCCUUCUAAGCAUCGAACGACAUUCUUACAAUGAAAUCGUAUUUUACAAGUGAAAACUUAUUUUCAUACUGUGUGCUCAAAUGUUAGCCUCACUUUUAUAUUUAAUUUUAUAAACUUGUAAGAUUGUACUGCAUCAAGAAGUAUAAUCGCGUCAAGAUAGGAAAGAGAAAUAUAGUGCGGCGCUCAGAUUCUCUCAGAGAAUUUUUCUGUGAAUAUAUAUUAAAUGUGGGAAAUACUCUUAUUAGUUCGUAA